CUUCGUAAGCUUCCAUACCUGGCCUCUACAAAUUUGUCCCAGAUAUUGAUGAGCUGAACUUAAUGUUUUGUUUGGCUCUCCAGGCAAUCAAGAGCAACAAGCUAUUCAUACUAGAUCACCACGACACAGUGAUACCAUACCUAAGAAGGAUUAACGACAACACCACCUCCAAAACAUAUGCAACAAGAACAAUCCUAUACCUGCAAAACGAUGACACAUUGAAGCCAAUGGCGAUCGAGUUGAGCUUGCCACAUCCCGACGGAGACCAGUUCGGAGCCAUUAACAAAGUUUACACUCCACCACCUGCAGAUCAAAAGGAGGGAAGCCUUGAAGAAAUCAUUUGGCAGUUGGCCAAAGUAUAUGUCUCAGUAAACGAUUCUGUCUCCCACGAGCUCAUUACCCACUUCUUGCACACUCAUGCCGUGAUAGAGCCAUUUGUAAUUGCAACAAACAGGCAGCUGAGCCUAAUCCACCCGAUCUACAAGCUUCUGCACCCUCAUUUCCGAGAUACUAUGAGCAUAAACGCGAUUGCGAGACAGAUCCUCAUCAAUGGCGGAGGAGUGGUGGAGUUGGCGUUCUACCCUGCCAAGUACUCCAUGGAAUUCUCUUCUUCACUAUAUAAAGACUGGAACUUCACUGAGCAAGCCCUCCCUCAGGAUCUCAAGAAAAGGGGAAUGGCGGUUCCUCACCCAGAGUCCAAGCACAGCCUCCGACUUCUGAUCAAAGACUACCCAUACGCCAUCGACGGGCUUGACAUCUGGUCGGUGAUAAGAAACUGGGUAUCCGAUUAUACAUCACUGUACUACAAAACCGAUGAGGCGAUUCGGAGUGAUACCGAGCUCCAAAUGUGGUGGAAGGAACUGGUGGAGGUCGGCCAUGGGGAUAAGAGAGACGAGCCUUGGUGGCCCAAGAUGGAAAAUCGAGAAGAGCUCAUUGAAUCGUGCACGACGAUGAUAUGGAUUGCGUCGGCGCUCCAUGCGGCCACGAAUUUUGGGCAGUACACUUACUCCGGCUACAUGCCCAAUCGCCCCACCAACAGCCGGCGAUUCAUGCCGGUGGAAGGAACGGCAGAAUUCGAAGAGCUGAGAGAGAACCCAGAUAGGGCUUUCAUGAGGACGAUCACGGGGAAGCUUCAGACGCUGCUGGUGAUCUCGCUGAUUGAAGUUUUGUCAAUGCAUUCUUCGGACGAGGUUUAUCUAGGUCAGCGGGAUACAGCGGAGUGGACGGUGGAUUUAGAGGCGGCGGCGGCGUUCGAGAGGUUUGGGAAGGCAUUGGCGGAAGUUGAGGAGAGGAUUGUGGAGAGGAACAGAGAGGAGAAGCUGAGGAAUCGGCAUGGACCGGUGAAGAUACCAUACACUCUGUUGUUCCCGUCUAGUGGGGCUGGUAUGACCGGCAAGGGGAUUCCAAAUAGUAUUACUAUUUGAAAAAAAAAAAUGGAUUAAAUUAUUAGAAUUUCUUUACAGAGAUUGCUAUUCGUCGCCCUAAAAUUCCUUAUUCGUCGCCUUAAUUAAGUUAAUUUUACUUUAAUGUACUUAGUUAUUUCUAUGAUGGGGGUUGGGCCUAGCAGAGUCGUGUGGGCUCCAAACCCAGAAUCGUCGUUCUCUGUGAAUUCUUUUUACAGGUGCUUGGCCGAAAGAAGCUUUCAGGGUACAUGUGAUUUCCCUACUGCAGCUGUUUGGAAAGGAGUUGUUCCUCCCAAAGUGUGUGGGUUUCUAUGGCUGGUGUUUCAUAAAAGCAUCCUCACCUUGGACAACCUCAAAAGAAGGGGCUGGAAUUUGGCAAAUAGAUGCGAAUUGUGCUAUUGAAGGGCCUGAUAAUACGUUCUCACAUAACGAUCCCCCUGCUUGAGAUUAGCGAGAUCCAGCUCGACAUCAAAUUUCCUGGAGGCGCUAGCCUUCGAAUACAGAGAAGUAAGAUGUUGCACAUUCCCGAUGCCGUAGAGAACCCCUGCAAGCUCAGCGAGAUACCCGGAUCCAUCGAGCCAAGCAGCCGGGCCAUAAUAGACGCAUUGUUGAGGA